ACCAUCACAACACACCUUCACCGAACUGUCAAACGAGAAAGCUGCUUGCACGCCGUUGUGCAAGACCUGGUUCGAUGUUGCUUAAGAUAGCAUUGUCUAAUAUAAUAAGAUAAUCAGAACCGCCAUCUAUUAUGAUACACUUUUACGAAACUAUUUAGAGUAGUGAUAGAGCAUCUGAUCGACAAAUCAACAGUUGCUUCCGUGUUGAAAGCGAUGGCCGAGGGGGGUGCCACGCCCACGUUUAAGGAGGAGUGUUUCAACAGCAAUUUGGAGGAACAGAAUGACGAGGUGCUUGCUCUCCAGUCUAUCUAUGAAGGAGGAGAAUUUGAAAGACUUAAAGUUUUAAGUUCACCAUCCGAAGAGAAAGAAGGUUUCUACACCCUGCAUGUUUCGAUUCCCAUCGCGACAGAUGGCCAGAAACUUAAAGUAGACAUUCUCAUGCCUGUCAAGCUCAAGGAAACAGCAAGUUCGGGACAAGCUUCUCCUCCUGAAGUGGGAAAAUGUGUUAAUUUCAUGCGCUCAGAUUCCGGUCAGAGAUGGGCUGGAUCCUUCAACGUGAAGUACUUACCUCCCCUUAGUCUGCAAGUGGUACUUCCUGCUACCUACCCUUCCCAGAGUUCCCCUGUGUUCACUCUGUCAUGUGUGUGGCUGACAGCCAAUCAGCUUGCAGCUCUGUGUGGCCAGCUGGAUGUGUUGUGGCAGGAGACUGAGAAUCUCCCUGUCAUCUUCACCUGGGUUGACUGGCUGGAGAAUAACAUCUUCAGCCAUCUGGGUAUCCAUGACACUGUGCUGCUGAUGCCUGUGGGAGAGGAGGAGGAUCAACAGGACCACAGAGCACUGCCUGAUUGUACAGACCUGGGACAGGCAGUGUCCACAUUGUUACAAUUCAGUCAAGUUCAGACAGACGUAGAGUUUUACCGUUCCAACCACGAGUGCCAUGUUUGUUAUGAAGAACUACCGGGUAAUCAGUUCUACCGAAUGAAGGACUGUGAGCAUCACUACUGCCGCGAGUGCAUCACAGCCUACUGUGAACAUCACGUUACCAUGGGAACCGUAGAGAAUCUCAGGUGUCCUGACACAGACUGUGAUGCUUUUGUUCCUCCCAACAUUGUACAGAGUGUCCUACCUGCUGACGAGUUUGACAGGUGGGAGAGACUGAUGCUGCAGAAAACUUUGGAAAGGAUGAGUGAUGUGGAAUGGUGCCCUCGCUGCAACAACCCCGUGAUUCGGGAAGAGGAGGACCACUUGAAUCUAGGUCACUGCACCACCUGUUUCUUCUCCUUCUGUACUCUGUGCAGGGACCCCUGGCAUCAGGGGGAACCCUGUCAAACUGCAGAGGACAAGCUUAAUGCAGCAGAGAAAAAGGCCCCGAACGCUAGUGAAGCUGAUCGCAAGAGGCUGGAGGCAAUCAAAAAGAAGCUGGCCGAAGAAAUGAAGACGAAAUUAGAGAUGAGCAAAAAAUCAAGACAAUGUCCAGUAUGCAAGGUGCCCAUUGAGAAGAUAGCUGGAUGUAACAAGAUGACGUGUCGCUGUGGGAAGUCAUUCUGCUGGUUGUGUGGGAAAUUAAUAGCAGGAUACGACCACUUCUACAGUGGCAGGUGUGGACUGUCUGACACACAGAUGAUGCCCCUAGCGCCAGCGAGGGAACUACCAGAUGCUGUCUUGCUGAUAGAGGCAACAUUGCAAGUAGAUCCAGAUGCCCGGAAACGUGUCUGCGCUUGUCCAACUUGUGGUCAAAGGAAUUUGAAAAACAACAGAAAUAAUCACAUCAAAUGUUGGGGUUGUAAAUCAAAUUUCUGCUUUCUGUGCAGGAAAAGAAUUGUGGGGUCAGUAACCUCCCACUUUACCUCCAGUGUGUGUGAGCAACACUCCUAGCAGAACGUCCUCCCCCAGCUGGGCUGUGAGAGUGAGUGGCAGCUUAAUGUGGGAGGCAAGUCCAAAGUGAUGAAGGUCAUGGACAUUCACCAUCUUAAUGAAACCCGCGAGCACAGGUAUUGGGAUAAAUAGAAUCGUAAGGAAUCUUCGAUGAAACCCACGAGCACAGGAAUGGUGAUAAACAGAAUCAUAAUGAAUCGUUUGAUGAAACCCACGAGCACAGGUAUGGAUAAACAGAAUCGUAAUGAAUCUUUUGAUGAAACCCACGAGCGCAGGAAUGGUGAUAAACAGAAUCGUAAUGAAUCUUUUGAUGAAACCCACGAGCACAGGUAUGGAUAAACAGAAUCGUAAUGAAUCUUUUGAUGAAACCGACGAGCAUAGGAAUGCUGAUAAACAGAAUCGUAAUGAAUCUUUUGAUGAAACCCACGAGCACAGGAAUGGUGCUGACAGACUAACCGAACAGAGUUUAUUCAGCCUAUCCUGGUCUCAUUGAGGGAUACUACUCUGCACAGCGAAUGCCACUGGGAUUUGAGAGUGGGUUAUGAAAAUACAAUGUUGCUGAAAACAGGAACAUUUUCAAAACUAUCAAUGAUAGGCAGAAACGUGUACUAUUAUCAGUAUGCUGUCUUUUAUUAUUAGAAAGUAUUCAAAACCAUGUGGACAAACAUAGGAUCUUCAUUGUGCCGGACAGUUUCCUCAGGAGGACACUGAAGUGUAUGAAUCAUGUAACCUGUUACUAAUAAAUGUUUUACACAGAAA